UUUAGUUUUUUAAUUCUUGAAAAAUUAAACAAUUGUUCUCCAACUACUUGAGUUUUGUCGUUUGUAUAAUGAUGUUUGUUUUGCUCAGAAAAGGCGAAACAAUUGACCUGAAAAUCAAGAAACUGCACUUUGAAUCUUUCUUUCUCAUCCUCCUUCCUGCUUCUCUCGACAGCUUACACCUAUUAGGAUCGUGCUAUCAUUGUCGUUAUGGGUGCCAAAGCUUCUAAAAAAGAUAAGGCAAGAUCCGUAUUGGCAGAUCCUGUUGCACUUGCUUCUGAAACAGUUUUCACUGUUAGUGAAGUAGAAGCAUUGCUUAAUCUAUACAAGAAAUUGAGCGGCUCCAUCACCAGUGAUGGGCUGAUACAUAAGGAAGAACUCUUACUGGCACUUUUCAAGAACCACAAGAAGGAAAACCUUUUUGCAGACAGGAUAUUUGCCCUUUUUGAUGCCAAGCAGAAUGGACAUAUUGACUUCGGAGAAUUUGUGCAAACAUUGAGCGUUUUCCACCCAAGGACUCCUGAAUCUGAGAAAAUUGAAUAUGCAUUUAAAUUAUAUGAUCUUAGGCACACUGGCUACAUUGAGCGCGAGGAGGUGAAGGAGAUGGUCUUGGCUCUUCUUGAUGAAUCCGAUCUUCACCUUUCAGAUGAUGUUGUUGAAGCCAUUGUCGACAAGACGUUUAAAGAAACAGAUACAGACGGUGAUGGCAGGAUUAACCAGGAGGAGUGGAGAGAAUUUGCUGCUAGAAAUCCAAUGUUGUUGAGAAAUAUGACUCUUCCUUAUUUAGUGGAUGUCAAUUUAGCUUUUCCGAGCUUUGUCUUGGGCACAGGAGCAGAGGACUCAAAAUUUACUGGCUAAUUGAUCUGAAGAAUCUCGUUCCUCUUAAAUGGUGCAUUAGCAUAGAAGAAAACAUCUGUUCUGAUGUUGGUUGCUGUGAUUUUCUAACUUCAGAAACAUCUGAAUUCCCUGAAAGUUUUGUUCAGCUGUUAAUCUUGUCCAUAAAUGUUCUGACGGGGUUUUGCCACACGAAUUUGUGAAGUUUGCAUUUAUAAUUGGAAAUGAGUUGCCUCCA